AUGGGUGCCACGAACGGAUCGGCGCGGACCAUGUUGCCCGUGACGAGACGCGCGAUGCUUUCGUCGCUCGCAUUGCUGCCGGCGCUGGAUUCGUUCCUCGGCUCCGGAAACGGCGGCGCUGACGUGGCACUGGCGCGGGAAAGGCGGACGAGGAUCGACAUUCCCGAGGAGAUGUACCAAGAGGGCGAGGGCGGCGUGCGCUUCUACGACGUGGUGGCGGGCAAGGGCAGGCUGGCGCAGCAGGGCGACCCCGUCGUGGUGCACUUUGAUGUGACGUACCGCAGUCUCACAGUGGUGUCCAGCCGCCAGUCCAAGCUGCUGGGCGGCAACCGCGUCAUCUCGCAGCCGUACGAGUUCACACUGGGCGCGAAGCCGGGCGCGGAGAGGAAGCGCGAGUACGCGGAGUCGGCCAACGGGCUCUUCUCCGCGCAGGCCGCCCCCAAACCGCCCUGGGCGCUCUACAGCGCCGUGCAGGGCAUGCGCGAGGGGGGCAAGCGCACAGUCAUCGUGCCGCCGGAGCAAGGGUACGGCGACAAGGGCUUGGCUGAAAUCCCUCCGGGCGCCACCAUUCAGCUCACAGUGGAGCUGCUCGAGGUCAAGCCCCCCCCCUCAUAG